UCUGCGUUGGUCGUUGGGUUCCGUUCCGAGUCAGCGCCCCACACCGCCUCGCCAUGCCGCUGCUCCGCGCCACCUUCCUGCCCUUCCUGCUCGGCCUCCUGCUGGCCGCUGCUGCCGCUGCCGCCGAGUCGGUGAGAGAAACAGAAACCAUGGAUGCCCAAUGGCUUAACUACCCUGGCUCUGGAGACCUGCCAGAUGAUGAAGACAUUGCUGAAUUCACACCUCACUUAACUUCUGAUGAGUUUGAUAUUGAUGUUGUAUCUGGCUCUGGAGACUACUUGGAUUCUGAUGAUGCUACGUACCUGACCACUGUGGAUACUCCUGUGAUAUCUGACAACUAUAUCCCUGGAGAUAGGGAGAGAAAGAUAGAAGGCGAGAAGAAAAACACGAUGCUGGACAAUGAAAUCAUUCCAGACAAAGCUUCACCUGUUGAAGAGAACCUGUCCAACAAGAUCUCCAUGGCAAGCACAGCCAACAGCAGCAUCUUUGAAAGAACAGAAGUUCUUACAGCUCUCAUUGCAGGAGGAGCAGUCGGCCUCCUGUUUGCGGUCUUCCUGAUCCUCCUCUUAGUCUAUCGUAUGAAGAAAAAGGAUGAAGGCAGCUACGACCUCGGGAAGAAACCCAUCUACAAGAAAGCCCCUACAAACGAGUUCUACGCUUAAAGCUCAGCGGCGCCCUGUGCCCCUCGAGGGACAAAUGGACUGUAUGGAAACACUGUGCCCUCCAGUGAGACGUGCUGAACAAACGCUCUUUUUGGAUUGAAUUUCAAAGUGACUUUGAAGGGGGGGGACCAAACUUUCUACAUAAUCCAUCCCGCUCAGCUAACAAGGGCCCAAUGAAAUACAAAGAGUCUUGGGGGGAGAAAAGCCUCAGUGUAUUUUUUUUUUCCUAAAGCUAGUGUAAAAACAAUAAAGAUGCCAAACUUUCUGCUUCUUUUUAUAGAGGGUAUAUAAACACCAAACAGACUGUAUGGAAGCAAACACCAUGUGUUUGCAGCCAGAGUGCUGUGCUCAGAUUGGCUGCUUCUGUAGAAGAUGGCUUUUUUUAUAAACCUGGCUAAUAGACAUCUUGCAGCAGGCUGUCGAUGUGAAGCGUUUCUGUGAGGAACUAUUUAUGAAUCUCUUACACUACCGAUCACGUUGCCUUGCUGGGGAGCAGAGGGUCCACGGGGAUCCCGAUUCCCCCAGUGCCAUAAAUGGCUGAUGGGAAUGUCUUCCCCAGGAGACUUCUGCCUUCCUGUCUGCCCCAGGCAGGGUCAUUAGUCUGUGCAAUCAGGACAGCCCCUUUCUCUUGGCUAUGUGACACCCUUUCCUUGCCUUUGCUUUUUUAUUUUUAUUUUUAAGGAUUGCCUGUAGGAUUUUUAUAACAAAAAUUUUUAAAGAGGAGAGCUUAACGUUUAUAUGAAGUUUUGUAGAAAUUGUUUUGAAAUAAAAAAAAAAAAUCUACUUUUUUAAUUUCCUCAGAUUUAUUUUUUCAAUCCCUUUGUGUUUUCUUUGGGCAUAUCUCUGGAGAUGUCUAUGAUUCAUAUUCAGAACUGCAGCAGUUAGCUACAGCGUGGUCACUGGUUUCUUCUGCUUCUAUAGCAGCUACUGUAGAGGGUAAAGAUAUUUAUGGUUUUCCUGUAAUGUAGGUUCUGAUUUUUUUUUAUUAUUUUUUUUAAAAUAGAAUUAUUUAUAGUUUCUGGAAUGGCUGCUCUUUGCAUCUGGUGACUUUUAUCCUUCUUAUGUAAAAUGCUAAUAUAAUGAGUCUCUGUGGAAACUAUUUAAGCUUUAUUCUGUGAAUUUUAAUUAUAAAUUCAAGGCAAUAACUUUUAGACUUAAUCUGUAUGCAAAAUUGGAUUCAUUAUAUGAUUGAAGUAGGGGAAAGAUUUAGUAUUUCUAGCCUGUAAUAUAUUAUAAUCAGUCCUAUAGAGCUCUAUGUUAUAUUUUUACAGAGAAAUACACAACUAAGUGUGAAGGCUGGAGGUAACCCUUCAGCAGCCUCGCUGUCUGUGAGGUCUGUUUUGUACUGCUGUUUGGCCAGCAUCUUGCCUGGAGUGCAUGUGGGCGUUGGGUCUGCCUGGGUGGCAGCUCCCAGCUGUGGCUCUUGCACUGCAUACCCUGUAUGUAGCUCCUACCUCUCAGACCCAUUCCCAGUGCUCCAAGAGCAGAGGAUGCAGUGCAUGUCCUGUGCUUUGGGGUGGCGUUGCAGGAUUGUAGCUGUUUGGUGCGGUUUGAAGCCCAACCUGGGUAGGCAGCAUGAAGCUGAUGUAAUCUAAACAGCUCUUUGAGCCUCCUGAGCAGGACUUUGAGGCUUGUGGCCAGAUGCUUAGAGGCAACAGCACAAAGAAAUGAGGCUUUAGUUGGUGGUGGCCGCUCCUUGGUGCUGCCCUGGGGCAGCAGGCAGGGAUGUGUUGAUGUGAGUUUGGGAGGACUUUCCCAAGGGUCCUCCAGCACGUGUGUUUUUGGAAGCUGCAGGCUCUGGGGUGCUCUAAAAACUAUGCACAGUUGGAUGUAGGGUAGGAAGGAGAGGGGGAACUCACUGCCUAUGGACAGCACUGCCAGGAAGGCAGAAACAGUGUCUGCUCUGGAUAUCUCAAUUCUCUCGUGUAACUGCUCUUGGGGAUUUUCCACUGUUACUUCUAUUUUUUUUCUCCACAAAUAAACUGGUACUUUCUAAAA